UAUUUAUUUAUUUCAUAAUAAACUGAAAUUUUCAUUUGAUUAUAUAUUUUCAUAUAUAAUUUGUAUAAAAUCUCUAUGUACAUUAUACUAUCAUUAGAGCAACCAAAGUAAAAGAAGCUAUGGACGACAAUUCUCGGCAAUUGGUUAAUGACUGUUUUUUAAGACCUAUAAGCGAUCCAAAAACAACGAACACCCCUAACAAUGUAACUCAUUCUGCGCCAACUCUCAAAACAGAAUUACAAGUUGUUAGACUUUCAGAUGAAUCACAUAAAAUAACUAUGGAAACUCUUCGGUUCAUACAUGGAAACAAUUUUCGUUUAGAUGACAUUUCAAAGUACAAAGAUCGUGGUGGGCGUCAAAAAAAAUCAUACUGGGAAGAUCGUGGUACGCUAAUGGUACAAAGCAUUACAAACUAUUCGAAUGUGUCUAGCAAAGAUACUAAUGAAGACAGAUUACGGCGUUUUGCAUUACUCAAAUUGGAAAAUUAUGGUUAUGCAGCUAGCCACUGCGUUGAAGCUUAUGACCAUUGUAAAGGUGAUACUGAUGCAGCCUUGUUACUACUAUUUUCCAAAUAUAUGAGAAUUCCAGAUAAAUCAUUAUCAGAAAAUGAGAUAUUACCAGAUGAUAUUACUGAGGAAGAAUUACUCACUUUGCGCGCGGAAGAGAAAGAUGUGUUGGAAUCAAUUUAUGAAAAUGCUUUCGUAGAAAAAGAACGCAACGUAAUUUGGUCUCUUCAGUUUAAAAUUAAUUAUUUAUUAUCAUAUAGCCCCUCUGAAUUAAAAAAAACUAAGGAGUCAAUAAAUAAGCCCACUAAACCUGUUAAUGAUAACGGCUUGAAAAGGUGUCGCAAUUUCGAUAAAGAUGGUACAUGUAGAUUCGGGAAUAAUUGCAGAUUUGCACAUGUUAAGAAGGAAACUGAAAAGGAAAAAACUACAAAAGCAGUGUUAGAUGAAAAUGAAAACGAGCAUUGGUUUUUCUUAGAAGUACGAUUUCCACCAGACACUAAAUAUCCUUAUGAAGCUCCAUACAUUUACGUUAAAACAACAUGCCAUGAUAUACCACGAGAUAUAUUAUUGCGUUUAUCACGACAUUUAUAUAAUACAGCACGUGAUAUUUGUAGAGAUGGCAUGUCUUGCGUGUACACAGUGUGUGAACAACUUCAAACAGAAGAAACAAUACUCAAAUUCCUAGAUGAAGAUCGAGAAAUAUUUUUAAAUGCUGACAAAUCUAUUUUUUACGUUGAGGACGAGGAGAGUAUAAUGAAUAAGCAAGAAGAAGUUAUAAAGUCAUUACCAACGCAUUAUGAACGUGGAGAAACUGCUUACAAUGAUCAUUUUCAGCGAAACGCAAUGCAACUAGAAAAAGAUAAUCGUAGUUUAAUACGACGAUUUUUGGAUAGACAAAAUGAUGAAACCUACCUCAAAAUGAUGUUCGCUCGAAAAAACUUGCCAGCAUUUACGAAAAUGAUGGAAAUUUUAAAUAUGAUAGAAAAUAAUCAGGUUGUUGUUAUUUCUGGUGAAACGGGAUGUGGCAAAUCUACCCAAGUGCCUCAGUUUAUAUUAGAUAAUUGGAUGUAUACUUCUUCUAAAUUAGAUAAGUCUAAGCCAGUACCUCAUGUAGAAAUAAUAUGCACACAACCAAGACGCUUAUCUGCUAUUGGCGUAGCAGAACGCGUGUCAAACGAACGCAUUGAACGUGUUGGACAAUCAAUUGGUUAUCAAAUUCGCCUAGAAAAUAAAAUAUCGCCAUCUACUCGUCUAACCUUUUGUACAACAGGCAUUCUUUUACGACGUUUAAUGUCUGAUCCUUUAUUAGAUACAAUCACUCAUAUUAUCGUUGAUGAAGUUCACGAGAGAAGCGAAGAAUCUGAUUUUUUACUUAUGAUUUUAAAAAAUUUAUUAAAAGAACGUCAAGACCUAAAAGUUAUUCUUAUGUCUGCUACAUUAAAUGCUAAACUCUUUUCGGAGUACUUUGGAAAUGCACCAGUUUUAGAUAUACCCGGGCGUACAUUUCCUGUUGAGCAGCUGUUUUUGGAAGAUAUAUUGGAACUUAGCGAUUACGUGAUAGAAUGUGAUUCUCAAUAUAGUCGAAAAAUACAGAAAAAAGAGGAAGAGGAACUAAUGCAGGAGUUGGAAUAUGCUGAUGUUAAGUCGGUAAAGGUUGCACCGCCAAAAAAUCAUAAAGAUGAAAAUUUAAGCUUAUCUGCAAUUUAUGCAAGAUACAAUGAUUAUUCAAAGAAAACGUGCAAAUCAAUUUUUCUCAUGGAACCAAUGAAAAUUAACCCUGAGCUUAUAGAAGCCAUAUUAAAAUUUUUCGUGGAAGGUGAACACAGCUGGCCAAAAGAGGGUUCCAUUCUAAUAUUUUUACCAGGUUUACAAGAAAUUCAACUAGUAUUUGAUUCACUAAUGGAUAGCACUCUUUUUGGUCCAAGAAGUAACAAAUUCGUUAUUAUCCCACUACACUCAACUUUAACAAGCGAAGAGCAAUCGGCAAUUUUUCGUCCUGCACCAAAAGGUAAAAGAAAAAUUGUAUUAAGUACAAAUAUUGCGGAAACAUCAGUGACAAUAGAUGACUGCGUUUUUGUUAUCGAUAGUGGAUUAAUGAAAGAAAAACGUUUUGACUCUAAUCGCAAUAUGGAGAGCUUAGAUCUAGUGUGGGUAUCUCGUGCAAAUGCAAUGCAACGCAAAGGUCGUGCUGGUCGCGUAAUGCCAGGAGUUUGUGUACAUUUGUUUACGGGUCAUCGUUUUCAUCAUAAUAUACUUAGUCAACCUGUACCUGAAAUUCAUCGAGUUCCUUUAGAACAACUAGUUCUACGAAUUAAAACAUUGCCAAAUUUUAAUGAAUUAAAUGUGUUAACAGUUUUGGGUCAAACUCUAGAACCGCCAACCGAAGAAAAUAUAAUUUCUGCUGUUAAUCGUUUAGAAGCUGUGGGUGCAUUAGAUAGUGAGCAAAAUCUAACUCCUUUAGGUCAUCAUUUAUCGCAACUACCAGUAGAUGUAAGAAUUGGAAAAUUGAUGCUUUACGGUGCAAUAUUUCAUUGUCUGGACAAUGUGUUAACAAUAGCUGCUUGUUUAAGUCAUAAAUCGCCAUUUGUUAGUCCUUUCAAUAAACGUAAUGAAGCACAAAAUCGAAAACGAUCUUUUAGUGUGUCGAAUAGCGAUCACUUAACAUGUUUAAUGGCUUACAAUAAAUGGUUGGAUGUUUCGAAACGAAGUUAUUUAGCUAGUCGUCACUUUGCGGAUGAAAACUUUUUAUCACUUAAAACUUUACAAACUAUAUCGGAAGUUAAAUAUCAAUUUUUGGAAUUGCUCAUAUCGAUUGGAUUUGUCCCGAUAAACUUACCCCGUAGAAGGAAAAAUGCAGACGAUAAUAUUCUACAAUUGACUGGUCAAGACCUUAAUACCAAUGGCGGAAACAAUCGACUUCUUGUAUCGUUAUUGUGCGCUGCAUUAUAUCCCAAUAUUGUUAAAAUUUUAACACCUGAGAGAAGUUAUAUUCAAACAGUUGGUGGAGCAUUCCCAAAACCUGCAACUGCCAAAGAACUUCGCUUCAAAACACACGGCGAUGGUUUUGUUUCCAUUCAUCCAUCUUCUGUAAAUUCCGAUAUUGGUACUUUCCAGUGGCCAUUCUUAAUAUAUCAAGAAAAAGUGAAGACAUCUAAAAUUUUUGUAAGAGAAUGUACUAUGUUGCCUUUAGUGCCGUUAGUGCUUUUUUCUGGUAGUGACAUCAAAAUAGAACUACACGGUGGUGAUUUUCUUUUUUCUAUAGAAAAUGGUUGGGUUCUUCUUAAAGCAUACAACCACGAAACGGCGGAAAUAAUUCAAUGCUUACGAAUUGAAUUAUUUAAGUUAUUGGAAGAAAAAAUUCGUGAUCCAUGCCUUAACUUAUUAAAUCAUGAAAAUGGACGAAAAAUUAUUAACAAUAUUGUAUAUUUAUUUCGAUUUCGUGUUUCGUUUCUUCCAAUUCCUAACGCCACUGGUGUUAUUAGCUUUAUUCUGGGCGCUGAAAUUGUUUCGUGCGAAAUAAACAUUCUAACAUUUGCAGAAAUGAGUAUUUCACAGAAGCGGAAGGCCGGCGAGGUUUCACAAGAUGCAAAACGUCCAAGAAUCGAAGACAGAGACUGGACACCUGGUAAAAUAAUGAAAAUUAAUUUAAAUAAUUUUAUGUGUCAUAGUAACAUGACGCUAACAUAUCAUCCGCGCAUGAACUUCUUAGUUGGUGCAAAUGGUAGCGGGAAAAGUGCGCUAAUGACGGCUGUAUCAGUAGUCUUAGGUGCGAAGGCUAGAGUAACGAACCGCUGUGAUAGUUUGAAAAAUCUCAUAAAAACUGGUCAAAACUCAGCGAAGAUUGAAAUAACUAUUUUUAAUGGUGGCCCCGAAGGGUAUAAAACUGAUAUAUAUGGGAACGAAAUUACAAUUAUAAAGCAAAUCACUAUGAGUACAUCCUCAUACACAAUCAAAAGUGGAAAUGGUCGAACCAUUUCAAAAAAGCUUGACGAGUUAAACAAUAUCAUGCUGCAUCAUAACAUACAAGUUGACAAUCCAAUAUUCGUUUUGAAUCAAGAUGCUGCACGCGAAUUCCUACGAACUAUGGAUGAGUCUCAAAAUUUCAAGAUGUUCAUGAAGGCAACACAGCUUGACUAUAUAAGUCAAAAACUUUCUGAAUGCCGUAGAGAUCAAAUCAAUUACCAAAAUCGCUUGAAAUCUCUAAAAGCUACAAUUGAAAUGAAACAAAAGGAAAUAAAAAACGUAAUUUACACAAAAAAAGAAAUUAGAGAUAUUAUAUUAGCAAAAAAAGAUUUCGAAACAAUCAUAUAUAAUAAAGAAAAUAUGGAAAUAAACUUUACUCAAAAGAAAUGUGAAAGCGAUCAAAGAUUAGAGCAAGAUAAAAUCAUAUGUAAUAACUAUUUAAAAGAAUGUACAGAAGCAAGAAAAAAAGUUAAAGAUCAUCGUGAACAAGUAAUAGAAAUUGAAUCUAAAAUUAAAGCAAUAAAAAACAAAAUGGAUUCCUUAAAUACAAAUAUUAUACAAAUAAAUUGUGCUAUUUCUAAUGCUGACGAAAGUAAUGCUGCGCAAAAACAAGCUGAGAAUACAAGAAAAUUGGAAGCACUUAAUGAACGUCUAACUGAAUCAACUAGAAAAAUAGAUGAAGAAAAAAAUAAACUAAAUAUGUAUAAUCAGCAAAAAAUUGAAUUAAACGAGAAAAUGCAAGAAAUAGUACAAAAGAAGGACGGUAUGCGAAGACAACUAGCCAACUUUGAUAUAAAUAUAUCAUCUAUCAACAAAAAGGAUCCACUUUCAGUGUAUUCUUCUGUCAUCCCUAACCUAAUGAAAGUUAAACAAAGGAUUGAAGUACUUUAUAAAGAAGGGAAAUUUUCUGCUCAACCUAUAGGUCCAUUAGGUAUUUACGUGAAAGUGCCCAAUGAAAAUCUAAGAAAUAUAAUUGAAUCAGUGAUUCGGAACCUUCUCAAAGGUUUUAUUGUAAAUAAUGCUGAGGAUCGUGAGGUCUUGGAAGAGAUAUUUCGGACGCUCAGUCCCACAGCGAACAUACCAAUAAUUCAAAUGAAAUUCAUGAAAAAGGUUUACGAUGUUUCAAACGGUAAAGUAGAAUGUCCAAAAGGUACCAAAAUUUUAAUGCAUGAAAUUGAAUGCAAACAUCCGGUUGUCAUGAAUUGCUUAAUUGAUAGACAACAAAUCGAAUGUAUAUUACUAGCUGAGAACAACAAAGCAGCUGAGAUGUUGACAUCUCAAAAGCAAAAUGUACCACAAAAUCUAUUUAAAAUAAUUGUGCCAAGUCAAAACACUGAGUUUUAUCCAGCACCACACUUUAGAAUGUAUUCCUUAAACAUUAGAAAAGCACAACUCAUUCAAGUUGAUGUACAAGAUCGAAUAAAUCAAAUACAGAAUGAGAAAAAGUCAGUACAGGAGAAUAUUGAAAAACUGUCUAUGGAUAUAAAUCACAUAAGAAGUGAACAACAAAAACUAGUUGCUAACAUAGCAGAGUCUCGCAAAAUAGUUCAAAAUAGUGAAACGUCUAUCGACAAUAUAAAGGAAGAAAUUCUAGAUUUAGGAACAUUUGAAUUGCCAGCAUCUUCGAAUAUAGAACGAUUGAAAAUCAUUAAAUCGGAACAUAUGCAACAGUUAAAUAGUAAAAAAAAGGAAUUAGAAGAGAACGAAAAAAAAAUAGAAGGAGCAAAAAAUGAAUUAAUUAAAUAUGAAAAAGAAUUAAGAGAAAAUGAGCAUUUGUUAUCGUCAACACAGAAAGCAAUUGAAGAAGAAAUGGUGCAGAAGGGCGAGCUAGAAAAUCAGUUUAGAAAAAUUAAUGUUUUAUACAAAAAUUCUAAAGAUAAGUAUGCGCAAAAAAAUGCGUUGCAAUUAAAACUGGAGAAUAAAACAGUAGAAAUGACCAAAGAAAUAAGUGAAUUGAUAUCCUUGGCCUCACAACAUGGAGAGAGAAUUGAUUCAGAUGAGUCAAAGGAAGAUGUUAAUUCGAAAAUAAAAGUAAUAAAUGCACAAAUCAAAUCCCGAUCGAACAUUACUGACAAUCCAGAAGAAUUACAAUUAAAAAUAAAUGAUUUAAUACAAGAAUUAAACGAUAAUCAUGACAUUUAUAAAUCCUUUAAAUUAUUGGUUGAUACGCAACAGGCAACUCUUCAACAUCGCCGCACUGUUAACGCAAAGAUUACAAAAUCAAUGUUCAUACUGGUCAAUUUUAGUUUUCAGCAAUAUCUCAAAUCUAGAAGAUUUAGUGGAGAAAUAUUGUUCGAUAUAAAAAAUCGAACUCUUAAACUACGAGUUACUCCCCCAGUUACGUCAAAUAUAGAAGGCGCUGUUGAUAGUACAAAAUCUUUAUCAGGUGGUGAAAGAUCUUUCACCACUGUGACUUUCUUAUUAGCGUUGUGGACAUGUGUUGAUCACCCAUUCAUUAUUUUAGAUGAGUACGACGUCUUCACAGACGAAUUGAGUCGUGAAUAUAUAAACCGUCUACUUGUACAAGAAUGCGCAAAAAAGAGGAGACAGUACACGUUUUUAACUCCUCUUGAACAAAAUAUAAAUUGCGUUAAUAAUGGCAAAAUUCAUAAACUAUCGGAUCCAUAAAAAUAUACAAAAUAGCUACAUCACAACUGCCUUAGCUUUUAAAAAAUUUCAUUAUAUACUUUACCAACAAAUCUAGUAACAUAGUAUCAUAUCUAGUAACAUAAUACUGUACUUUUUUACAUAUAUAAUAAUAUUAUGUGAUGUUUUUCACUUUAUUAACCACCAACAAAUCUAGUAACAUAGUAUCGUAUCCAGUAACAUAAUAUUGUACUUUUUUACAUACCAUAUAUAAAAAUAUC